UUUGUUGUUGUUCAAUGUGACAUUUUAGAAACUUCGUUUUUGUAAUUAAAUUGUGACUUUGAUCGCGUACGAAACAUGUUUUUUCAUUUGCAGAUAACAGCGGAACCACGGUUAUUAUCUCUCAAAUUACUGCUUACAUACAGUUCAUGUUUACGGCUCCUCAAGGUUACCCGCAGUCAGUCGUUGCGGUGCCCUAGAAAACGACGGUAUCAAUUUCAUCAGCAUGUAUCAUAGCAUGAAUCUGCCUUAGUGGUCUCAAAUUGACCUUAUUUUAUCGUUAAUCUUAUUCCUUCCACUGUGGAAGUUUAUAAUGACCACUCUAAGUAAAGUCAUUGAGAAUGAUCGAAUGCAAAAUAUACUCUCAGAAUUUAGUAGAUUGGGAGAUCGAUGCUAUCUAGAAAAUGCGGGUGCAUCACUAUACCCUCAAAGUUUGCCACUAAGAGUGAAUCAAGACUUGAUGAAAAAUGUCUACAUGAACCCACACACAGACAAGGACACAAAAGAUUGCAUUGAACAAAUAAGAUCCUCGAUUCUCCGACAUUUCAAUACAGAUUCUUCUAACUACUCUGUUAUUUUCACAUCCGGAACAACACAGGCACUGAAGCUUGUUGUGGAGUCGUUUCAAUUUGCCUUCGACCAGAAUGAAGUAUUGAACUGUGGCUCGUUUGUCUAUUUGAGAGACAACCAUACAUCUGUGCUUGGUUUGAGAGAACUGGCCACUGAAAAGAAUGCUGAUAUCAUCCAUAUUUGCCAUGACGAUUUCCUUAAAGCAUUGAAUCCAACUGAAGUGACCCCAUCCAAUUCAAGGAAAGAGAGUUAUAAGAACGAUGGUAAUACAUUAUUGGUUUACCCAGCCCAAAGCAAUUUUAAUGGGUUCAAAUACCCCAUAAAUUGUAUUCAGAACAUCAAGGAUGGGUGUCUCAAUAGCUAUAUUAAGAAGCAUUUAUGCAAAGUAAACUGCAACUGGUAUGUUUUACUGGACGCAGCCUCGUACAUAUCAACAAAUAAGUUGGAUUUAUCUGUGAACCAGCCAGAUUUUGUUUGUUUGUCUUUUUACAAAAUAUUUGGAUACCCAACCGGUCUUGGAGCUUUGCUUGUGAAGAAUACAAGUAUAAAUGUUUUAAAUGAAAAGAAAUACUUUGGAGGCGGAACAGUCGAUAUUGUAUUGAGCAGUGAAGACUACCAUGUUAAGAAAAAGGUUCUUCAUGAAAGGUUUGAAGAUGGUACUUUACCAUUUUUAUCCAUCAUCGCACUAAAGCAUUGUUUUGAUACCCUCAACGAGUUGAUUCCCAGGGUAAUCAGUGAAGAUUUCAUGGAUACAAUAUCUUACCAUACCUUUUACUUGGCUAAGGAUCUUUAUAAACAAUUGAACCAACUUGAACAUAGAAAUGGAAACAAAGCUGCUAUAUUUUACAUGGAUUCAGACUUUACAGAUAUAAAGAAACAGGGUGGUAUAGUCACAUUUAGUCUUAUGAGGGAAGAUGGAUCACAUAUUGGUUAUUCAGAGUUCCAACACAUGGCAGAUUUAUUCAACAUAAGUGUCCGAACUGGAUGCUUUUGCAAUUCAGGCUCUUGUCAAAGACACCUGAAUGCAACCAAUAAGGAAAUGAAGGAUAUGUAUAAAGCAGGCCAUAAAUGUGGAGAUGAAAUAGACUUGGUAAAUGGCAGACCCACUGGGGCCAUACGAGUCUCUUUUGGAUACUACAAUACAUUCAAAGAUGUAGACAAACUUAUUCUGAUGAUAUGUAGAUGUUUUGUAAAAACAAAACUGAAAAAGCCAAGCCGCACGAUGAAACAUUACAAAAUAGGUGAAUCAAAACAGAAAAAAUGUAAUGAAGAGUCAAUGAGGCUGUUAUCUGAUGAUUACUAUAAAAAAAUUGCUAUCAUACAAGAACCAUCUCCGUUUGAAUCUGAAGUUUCUUUGAAAGAAAUAGCAAUAUUCCCUAUCAAGUCCUGUGGUGCUUUUAAAGUUAACUCGUCAUGGAAAAUUGGACCUAAAGGGUUCGAAUACGACAGAGAGUGGAUGAUUGUCAAAGACAAUGGAGUUUGCUUGACACAAAAACAGAACACUCGCAUGUGCAUGAUAAGACCUACCAUCGAUUUGCAUAACAGGUGGUUGAUAUUAGAAUGCAAAGGUAUGCCUACAAUAUCAGUCUCACUGGACCAAACUGCAAAUAAGCAGAAAAACGCCAUGUUCUGCCAAAGCAAAGUAUGCACUGAUAUUGUAUGCGGCUAUGACUGCGGUGACGAGGUGGCGGAUUGGAUAUCCAACGCUUUAGAAGUGUCAUUUCUAAGACUUAUUAGACAAUCAAAUGAUGAUGUGCGAGUACAGAAGAAGAAAGGUGAGGGAGACAAGAAUUUGCUGUCUCUGAGCAAUCAAGCCCAAUAUCUCCUUAUAAAUAAAGCCACAGUCAGAUGGCUUAGCGACAAGAUCCAAGAUCCAUCGUUCCAAGAUAGUGUGGAGGAGCUAACGGAUCGUUUUAGAGGGAACAUUGUCAUUGAUACUGACCAAGAACUAGCUGAAAGAGACUGGCAUAGAGUUAUUAUUGGAAAGCAUGAAUUCAAGGUGGAUGGACAGUGCUCUAGAUGCCAAAUGGUGUGUAUCGACCAGAAAACUGGAGAAAAAACCGUCGAGCCUCUCAGAACGAUAUCUGAGCAAUUUGGAGGGAAAUUACGUUUCGGGAUAUACCUGAGCUACAUUGGUCCUGUAGAUGGCUCAAGAGACCGAUUAUUGAAACUGAACUCCCCAGUUAAGCCAAUCAUCAAUGAUGACGAUAUUAGCAGGUGAAGUGAAGAAUAGUAGAAUAGACUUCUAAAUACUCUAUUAUGAGUCAUAGAAGUAUUUAGUAGCGACACAGUAAUUGGUCCUAUUGAGAAUCUCAAUUUGGAACAGUAACACACAGUAUUAUUGUAUUAGAAUCUAAAAAAAGAAUUACCUACUUCAAAGCGUCAAACGUUCAAAUACUAGACUCAUGAAUGUUUACCGCUCAUGAACUAUUUAUUCUUCCACAUUAUUUGAGCUGCAAAAGUAAACAAGGCUUACUAAACGACGUCUUAGCGUAUAGUAAUUUAACGCAAUGAGAGCUAUCGUUUUAGCGCUAUGUAUAACAUUGGGCGAUUAAAGAAAACAAAUCAGUAGGCCUAAGAUGCCCACCGUGAUAACUUUUAUCGACGUCAAUUUGUAUGGGCAAAAUCGAUAAAAUUGCGUGAUAACCGCCUAUCACGGCGCGCAUCUUAGGCCUACAUGUUGUGCUUUGUGAAGAUUCCACAAAUCAAUUUAAUAUUAGAGCUAAUUAGCUGCCAAGUGCCAAUACGAUCCGUCCAUAUUUCGCGUGACAAUUCUGCGGGAAAAUGCCAUUUCUGGAUAUAUUAUUUACAUUAAGUAUUUCGACGCAACCGCGACUGUAUUUGAAUAAGUUUAAAAUAGUUCUUCCUUGAUUGUUAUCUUUUGUUACUUUUUGAAUUAUCAAAAGUACAUAAUUGUAAGCACUUAUCUUUGUUUUUAUGCACAUUUUUUUGUAUCGGUUUGUUUUUUGUUUGGCUUUGAACAUCCUUAUCCAUGUUUGAUAGUGCACUUGCCAUCCUUGUGAUAUUCUUAUAUUAUUACAGGUAUACUUAGAUUUAAGUAGUUAAAUAUUAUGUAAUGUCACUCCAAGAUACCAAUUGGUUGUGAGAGGAAGCAUUAUGUAGGUAGUUUAUAUUUUCAAAACACACCAACAAUGUUCUACCUUGACUGUUUUAAAGGAUUAAUGUAUUUAAUCCACUGUAGUGAAGUAAACAAAUCUCACAAGAAUUGUAAUACCUGGAUUUAGGUAUGUAAGCACUUACACUAUUAGUGUUUACUUUUUCUGAAUUUUAUAUAAAUUAUUUUUAUGUGCUCUAUCAUUAACGUUAUUAUUACUUUUACUUCCAGGUUCAAGGAUUGGUUUUAUGUUUAUUUCAUAAAUAAUUUCUCAUGCCCAUGUGGUGUAGAUUGUGAACAUAAAAAACGGAAAAAGAAAUGUUUCAUAUGUAUUCGUUAAAUAUUUUGAUCUGGUUUUAUUAUUGUUUAACUAUUACUUAUUUUAUGUAUUGAUUUUAGAAGUUGAAAAAUUGGGUACACAUAUUUUAGUUUUAUAUUUUGCAUAGGUACUUGCACUAUUGUUAUAAUAGCUACCUACAAGGUAGAUACAUAUUUACACUUGCCUACUCAAAUUGACUUCAUGAUUUCAUAGUUUAUUGAAAAUCUAUAAACAAAUGCCACAAUAAAGUGUGUUGAUAAACCUACAAACUUCUAAAUGUUAUGGAAACUAUGAGUGAACUGAGUAUCCAAUUCAAAUAUCCUUGUUUUCCUAAAGGUCUUAGUUUUUUUGUAGUUAUAUUGUGAUUAGUAGUUAAUAUAAUUAGAUAUCUCAGUAAGUAGGAGAAUUAAUUAUUUCAAAGACAAGUUUUAUGAAUUAAAUAAUUUAUUUACAAAUUCACUAUGUUAGUAUUACUAUCACAUCUUAUGCUUCCUUAUUUUUUUGUUGAUAGAUUUAUUUUAAAUAAGCACUACUCUUUGGGAUUGUUACGUAAAUAAAU